GCCUGGGGCCCCCGCCGCGUCGCGGGCGUCUCGGUGUCCCUGCGCAAAGCAGCAGGCGCGGCCGGAGGGAGGUGCGUGCGCCUUUGCGCGUGGCGGCGGCGGCGCCGGAGGCUGAGGCGCGAGAUCCCGGCAGGCGGGGAGCUGCAAGCGGCCGGACUGAAGCUCGGACGUCGGGCAAGCGGGAGCUGGAGGGGCUCGGCUGGGUGUCAGGUGUUGCUGAGAACCAAUGGAGGACUCUACCCGCAUGGGCUACUGUAUAGUGGCUGGCAGCUUUGUGGCCUUCCAAUUCUUCUUCUCCGCUGUCAGCCCACAGUUAUCAUUUUCGCUGAGUUCCAGAUAUUCCACCCUUCCAUCAGUCAAGCAGAACGAAUGGAAUUCCAGAUGUGUCUCCACCCUCCAUGCUGUGAUAGUCGGGCUCUUCUGCCUCUGCAUCCUUUGGUUUGACGAUGCUGUAAAUGCCAACCCUAUCUGGGGAGACCCGUGGCUCGUCAAGCUGAACAUAGCUGUCACGUGUGGAUACUUGCUGUAUGAUCUGUUGCUGCUAGUGCGGUACUGGAGGACAUUGGGAGAUUCCCUUUUCGUUUGCCACCACUUGGCAGCGCUAUACGCUUAUGGAUACGUGUUGAGCCGUGGGGUGCUGCCCUACUUUGCCAAUUUCCGUCUCCUCUCGGAACUCUCCACGCCCUUCGUGAACCUGCGGUGGUUCCUGGAUGCAGUUGGCUGGCCACGCUCUUCCUGGGUCGUCUUGGCCAACGGCCUGGCCAUGAUGGUGGUCUUCUUUGUGGUGCGGAUUGCCGUCAUCCCCAGCUAUUACAUGCAAGUCUACUCCUGGUAUGGGACUCCUGAGUAUGAGCGCCUGGGCCUGGGUGUACAGCUGGCCUGGAUCGGGCCCAGCCUAGCCUUGGAAGUACUCAAUAUGGUCUGGAUGUAUCGCAUCACCCGGGGCUUCUACCGAGCCGUCUGCCGGUCCAUGUCUCGCAAGGCAACAUGAGGAUGUUGAGAACGGGGCAGUACUUGGUCAGGAACACAGAGACUCUUAAGUACUUCUGGACCACGCUGGAUACUCCCCUUUCUAAUACUCUUAGAAGCCAGUAGCCAUAGGAACUGCUUCUGACCAUCCCCUUGGCCCAGGCAGACAACCCUGGAUCCACACAUCUGGAGCAUUUGUUUGUUUUUUCUUCCGUCAUCUUGGCCACCCUGAACAGAAUGAGCAACUGGAGAACAACAUCCAUCUCAGAUUUGGGGAUGGACUCUCUGGGCAUCUAACAUGUUUUUAAAUGUAUAGUUUAAACUCUCUCUCUGUGUGUGUGUGAAGCCCAGGAAUAUCCUUUGGCUCACAUGGGUGGGUGUGGAGAGAUAUAGCUGGACCAGCAGUUGCCUGGUUUUUGUGGCUUCGGGCUUAGACUGUGACAGUGCGUCUAAACAGCUCAUUGCCCUGUUUCAGCUAUAUGUCAAGGAAAAAUAUGCACCAUUGCCUCCAGGGUAGAGGGGCCUGGUUCUGUUGGAGGGAUACUUUGGAGGAAGAGAGAAGGGAUGAAUGGAAACCGUUCUGCCACUUUGCCCAAUGGCUCCUGGUUCUUUUAUAGAAGUAUGUUGGGAGAAUGAAAUAGGCUGAAUGCAUAGAGGAGGAAACUGUCAAGCGAGGCACUGAAAAUGGAGGAUUUUCAGUGCUUGGAUGGCAGCAGUAAAUACUGGAAGACAGUGUUUGGAAAAAGGUGUUUCCACUGUACCAGGUUUGGGUGGAACUUGACAUUCCUUCAUACCAGGCUCCUCAGAACGCUGUCCUCAGCAAAACAAGGCUUCAUAACUCUUCACUUGGGCAUAACCAUGACACUCUUGGCUGUGCUCGCUUUUGUUCUGAGAGCUCGAAAGCAAAGAGGUUGACACAAAAAGGCCUGAGCAGAACUAGAUCAAAGCAAACUGUGAGCUUGUUGGGGGCAGGCGGGGCGGACCCAGUUACCUUCCACAAGAACUACCCCGACAGGUGUUGGCUUCCGUUCUGAACCCAGGCAUCUCUCCUUGAGGCAGCAUCCCUCUUAAGGGGAAAAUUGCAUCAAUUCCAGCACAAUACUGCAAUAUUCUGUUGCACGUCAGUCGUAAUAUUGAGUGCAGCAGUUUGGAUUAUGGCUUCCUAAAAGUCAUGAGCACUCACUGGUAAUGUCAUGUGUCACAUGUGAACAUAAGAAGAGCUUGCUGGAUCAGGCUCAUGACCCCCCUCCCCCCCCCCCCAAAAAACCCCCGCAUUGUGUGCAUGGCAAACUGUGACAGCAAGGCCCCAGCUGUGGAGAUCUUGUGUUGUGAGCGUCACAUUGCUGCUGAACAUGGGAAAUAGAUGUGUCCCAUUCCUCUGUGGUCACUCAUAGUGAAAUUAAGAU